CCAAGUCCCUGAAACAGCAGUGUCUCCCGGUCUCCAACCCUGGGCCCGCCAGAGUCGACCCCCAGCGCGGGCAUUAAGCCGCGCCUGGCCACCUCCCUCCCAGGCCUAGCAACCCGUGCCAGCUCCGGGCGGGGUCCUGCGGUUUUGACAGGCUCCUCCUCCCCGGCUCCUCCCCUCCCCGUCGGGUCCUCCUGCGCUAACUGAGCUCCUCCGGGCCCCUGCGCCUGCUCCCAGCCAUGGUGGCCUGGCGCACCGGUUUCCUCAUUUGCUUCGUUUUCUCCUUGGCCACCCUGGUCCAGAGAGGAUACAGCGACAUUGAUGAUUUUAAUCUGGAGGAUGCACUGAAAGACACUUCCUCAGUAAAGCCAAGAUGGGACCACUUCAGCACCACAACUAAGAGGCCAGGAACAACCAGAGCCCCAGCAAACCCAGCAGAGAGAUGGGACCGUGUCACCACUACUACAACUAGAAAGCCAGUAACAACUAGAGCACCACCAAUUCCUAUGGAUCCAGAUGGUUUUAGUUUGGCUGAUGCUUUGGAUGAUCGAAAUGAUCUAGAUGGUGGCAAAAAGCCAAAUGAAAGAGAUGGAGAAGGUUUCUCGGACAAGGAUCUUGAAGACAUACUGGGAGGUGGAGGAUAUAAACCUGAUAAGAAUAAAGGUGGUGGUGGUUAUGGCAGCAAUGAUGACCCUGGAUCUGGCAUGUCGACAGAAACUGGCACCAUCGCAGGUGUGGCCAGUGCCUUGGCUAUGGCCCUGAUUGGAGCUGUAUCCAGCUACAUCUCCUACCAACAGAAGAAGUUUUGCUUCAGCAUUCAGCAGGGCCUCAAUGCAGACUAUGUGAAGGGGGAAAACCUGGAAGCUGUUGUGUGUGAGGAACCUCAAGUGACAUAUUCACAACAAGAAACGCAGUCUGCAGAACCUCCACCAUCUGUGCCAUCCCGGAUCUGAGGCCCUGUUUAGUGGCAGGUGCAUAUGAAGGGUGCCACUGCUUGUGACCCAGCUCCAGGUUUUAUUUGCCAACCCUUUCGCCAAGUUUCUUCUCAUGCCACUGGCUUCUUAUUGUACUGAGUUUUCUGGACAAGCCUUAGGUGUUCAUGAGUGUGGUAUCUAUGACCUGUCCUGUACAGUAUGGUGACUGUUCUGCCAUGGGUCAUCUGAAGAGACUUGGUCCUGAGACUUAAGACCCAACUUGAGCAGAUCACUAGCACCAGUGUUGGGAGUUUCAUAGAGACAGCUUGCUCCAGAGUUAGCAUAGGGAAAAAGGAGGAUGACCAAGAUGAGGGUAGUCAAGAGGAUGGUGGGAGCAGUGCUUCAGGAGAAAAUUUCUGCUGAAGCAACCUCUAGGUACUAUGAGACUCUUUACCCAUAUUCUAUAGUGGGUUGUUGUGGUACUGACCACUGAGAGCUGAAAUUAGUAUGCUUAGCUAGCAUCUGGUGCAUAUGGAGUCUGUACAAGAAGCAAAUCAGCCAACCCCAAGCUGCAACACACACACACACACACACACACACACACACACACACACACACACAGGCAUACACAAAUGUACACACACACACACACACACACACACACACGAACAAAUGCAUGCACACAUGUGAGUGCACACACACAAGUGCACACACAUGUAAUACAUGUGCACACCCAUGUAACACCUAGGCACUUUAAAAUUUUCUCUUUGAAUGCUUUUUCCAACUUCAGGUUUUAUAUUACUCAGCUUCCAGAGAGCUUGUCCAGGUGGAGGCUCUUCAAUCAUUUUAGUGCAAACAUGUGUCUCACCUUGAGUUUAGUCUUACCUUGAGUUUAGGAAUCUGGAGAACGUGGGAGCUGUGACUUGCAGGUUUAUUGCCAUCAGAUUCAAUAGGGAUCGCUGACCUGGUGACAGGUCUUAGAAGUCACUUCUACAUUGGAAAUGAAUUUUCCACCAGGUCAGAGUAGGUGCUUCCUACCCUGUACAUGAUCUUAUUUGAGUAGUAAGAACCUGAGAAUGAAUAUGGAAGCCAGAAGCAUGCUUGUUGCUUUAUUAGAAGCUGGUGGGGGAGGGGAGGGGAGAAGGGAUGCUGGCUUAGCUGAGUGGAAUGCCACUGCUGCCUUUGUAGUUGUGUAGCCAUCCUCCCAGUUUGCUCUCAUAAGGAGGCUCUGUCCAUGUUCACCAUGGUAAACAUGGGAAACCAAGGACUAGGGCUUCACCUGGCCCCAAGCUGAUUGCUAUCCCUAGUUUGGGGUGGAGCCACCUGCUUCCUGGAUUGUUCCUUUGGCUUUUGGUCCUUGGCUCCAGUGACCUCUACAGUGAACCCUGCAUGUGAAAAGCUAAGCAAAAGUCUAUGUGAACUAACAGUUAAAAAAAAAAAAGGCACUUCUGAAAGCGGAGUGUGUCACUGGGAAGGCAAGAUCCACAGCUCCUCUGGAUGACAUGAUUGGCCCCAUAUAUUCCACAGGCUGUGAACUGGCUCCUUUACAUCUGCUGAGCUGGGAUGAGGCAAUGCCCACCUUAAGAAACUGAAAUCUUGUGCUGUCUAAUGCAUGCCUUGAGUGUUUGUUGUUUAAAGACUAUUCAUGGUGGAGGGCUGGUGGUGGUGUCAUACCUCCAGGCAGCCUGAACAUCAAUUCCCAAUGUGUACCUUUGGGCUAUGAGAUGCCCCUUUGGGCUAUGAGAUACCCCUUUUGCUUGGCCUUUAGUCCCAGACAGUCCAGGUCUGUGGAUCUGAUAUGGAAGCUGGAAAACUGGGGAAAUGGCACCAAGGACAAUAAAAACAUGGCCUCAGGAAGUUAAUUAGCAAGGGAAGUAUUGUUUGCAAGAUGCGUCAGUUUCCAGAACCUCCUAACUUGCUGUCGCCUUCAUCAGGAUUGUGCCUCAGUGUCAUCAAGACAUCAAGAGAUGAUUCUGCUACCCUCUGGCCAGUGAUGAGCUAGAGGUGACUUCAGGAAGGAUUUUAGUAUUUCUGGUCUGUUGAUACGUAGCUAGGGUAAUCUAAGAGGGGAUUGUCUACUUUACCUUUAUGCUGAGGCCUGUCUGAUGGUAAAGCCCUUUAACCCCACAGCCAUGAUGUAAAAUAAAUGCCCUCUUGUGAAACUAUUUUCUCAAUAACACUGGUACCAGUGAAAAAGAGCUCUACUUUGCUCUCCCUUAGCUACCUCGGUGCCUUCUGCAUAAAGCCCUUCUGCAUAAAACCCAUCACUCAGCCCGCAGGCGCUAGCUAAGUGGCUGGACAGGCCUGGGCGGGCCAUCGGCCUCCUGUUCAUACAGUCUCAUCCCAGGGGCCGGGCUCCUCCUUCCCACUGGCAUUUUAUACUUGGUGGGGCAUUGUGGCCUGCAGAAGGCUUGGGACUGGUCUUGUAACUGUGUCCCCCCUGAAGGCUGAGUUGGCCAACUUGGGCUAGUCCCAGGUGAUAGAAGGGAGAAAAUGAAUGAAGCAGAAGAGUCAAUUGCCAAGAUCUGAUCUCUGUCAAUGUAACUUGACACGAAGAGCUUUACAAAAGCUGAAUAUUCUCAAGUGGUCUCAGCCACUUGGGUUAUGGUUAGUACCAGUUCUCUGAGGAAGACAUGCUGGAGACUGCCAGAAUCCCUGUACAUCGUUUUACAUGCUUGUGUCCAAGUGUGAACUGUAAAUGGUCUAGUGUUUGCAUUAAACAAAGUGGAAUCCAA